CCAAGGAUUUGUAUCUCUAGGGGUUGCUAAGCAACGGUGGCGCCCCGCUGCCAAAUUGGCUGCUUGGCAGGAACCAGCGGAGGGUGGCUGUGCUGGCUGACCGAGAGGGCGGGGAUGGAGGACUGGUAGUGAGAACUAAUACUUGGAUUAGUCCAGGAUGAGUCUCCUGCUGCCCAAACUUACAUCCAAAAAAGAAGUAGACCAAGCAAUUAAAAGUACUGCAGAAAAAGUUUUGGUUCUCAGAUUUGGAAGAGAUGAGGAUCCUGUCUGUCUGCAGAUAGAUGACAUUCUUUCUAAGACUUCUCAUGACUUAAGUAAAAUGGCUAUGAUAUAUUUAGUAGAUGUGGACCAGACACCAAUUUAUACCCAGUAUUUUGAUAUUAGUUAUAUUCCAUCUACUGUCUUUUUCUUCAAUGGACAGCAUAUGAAAGUGGAUUAUGGGUCUCCAGAUCACACCAAGUUUGUGGGAAGUUUCAAAACUAAACAGGACUUCAUAGACUUAGUGGAAGUUAUCUAUCGAGGAGCAAUGAGGGGAAAACUUAUAGUACAAAGUCCAAUUGAUCCCAAGAACAUUCCUAAGUAUGAUCUUCUUUAUCAAGGCAUUUAAAGCAUCUACUUGAGCUUGUGUGGAAGAGAUAAAUGCAGUUCAAAACCACACAUAUAAACAAAUGGGUUGUUGCAAAACCCUGUUUUCCUGAAAUGUACACUCUCUCUCUCUCACUCUCUUACUCUCUCACUUGCUCAUUUUAAUUUUAUAUCAAAUUCUAAAAUGGUGUCAGAACCCUGAUUAUGAAUCAUAUUAAAAUUUGUCAAUAUUUGAGGAUA